AGCCAUGGGUUUGGUUGCGUUGGCACUGUUCGCGCAUUACUUGCCACGCUAGCUUAGCUAACUCGCCCUGUCUUCCGAAGUAAGAUCCACUGUCGCUGUCUCGCAAAUGUCUCUUUUCCUCUUCUCCCCUACACUGAACGCCAUCAAUCAGAAGAGAUGGGUCGCACUUGGUUGGCCAAAAGGAUUUGUAGGCCGUUGGAGUCGAAGAUCCGAAGAUAGAUCUUAUCCGAUGAAUAAUUUUCCCAAGUGUUCAACGAAAUGUUUUCCACCAACAAAAUCAUCUCAUACAAUAAUUGGCCGAAACCAGCAAUGCAGAGAAUGGAUGUUAAGACCGUCAAAGUUUCAGCUCAUUCCAAGAUUCCAAGCUUACCUCCGUGUGCUAGCUUUUAAGAGUCUGAUGCCCUGCUUAGUUUUCCAGAAAUCAUUUUAUCUACUGAAACUGAAAAUAUACAUGACUCUCACAGAAGGUGGUGAACCAGGCUGGACAAGCAACAAGCUCUCGCCCUAGGAAACAAUUGUCAAAGCGCACAUUUAACGGGGAAAAUUGACAUAAAGCAGUUCUUUGAGCUGGAAAUUACUUUUUCUCUUUCUGGUUACUUCUUCCAUGGUUUAAGUAUAGAGAGUACCACAAUAACGGCGAUGACCAGGAGAAGAAUAAUGGAAAUCAUCAUGCACUUCCUUGACCUUUUUUGCAAAGUCUUUGCAGUGUGGAGAGCAUCUGUACCCGAUUUCACAUGAUCAGUUGCAUUUGCCACCUGUUUAAAACAGAAUGUCGUUAAGUCUUAAAAAGGAUUAGCACGAAUUUGCCAAGGCAUUAUAAGUGAA